UCUGGUGUGAAUAAAUAAUUGUUAAAGCUCUUUUUGUUUCCUUGGCAAGUGCAUGAUUAAGAAGGCUCAAGUGAAUUGCCAACUAUGUCCUUGCCAUAUUCUCUCCCUGCCAUGUGUCAUUUGAAUUUACCUUCAAUUGGUUCAUUUUUAAGGGCAUAACAACACAUUAUCUUCGUUUAAAGAACCUGCCUCUGUGACAGGCAUGCUAUGCUAGUUCCCUUUAUAUUAUCAAAAGCCUGUUUUAUUUUCUUGGGUCUGACACAAGAUUUUUGGUGAAUGGGAUUCUGCACUUGUUUUGAAAAUCACUGCGAAGAAAGAACACUCACUCAUUUGAGAAAACUGUUGUUAUAGCCUCAUUAUCUUUAUCCUUUAGUACUACUACUACCAUCAGGUGUUUUCCCCGUAGUGUUUGGUUCUUGGGAUAUUUCAAUUGAAUGGGAAAGCCAAGAGGAGGAGAAGCUGCUCUUUGUUUUGUGGUUUUCUUCUGGUUUUGGAGCUCUUCCCAUGCUUUGCUCUCUCCAAAGGGAGUAAACUUUGAAGUGCAAGCUUUAAUCGGGAUAAAAGCUUUUCUUGUGGAUCCCCAUGGUAUUCUAGAUAAUUGGGAUGCGGAUGCAGUUGAUCCAUGCAGCUGGAAUAUGGUCACGUGUUCCCCUGACAAUCUUGUUGUUAGCCUGGGCAUUCCCAGCCAAAAUUUAUCUGGUAUUCUAUCUCCAAGCAUAGGAAACCUGACAUAUCUUCAGACUGUGUAA